AUGAGUCAUUCAAAUGAAAAAGAAUUAAUAGGUGGAACACAUACUCAAGAUUUAUCUUUAUCUAAUGAAUUCUCAGCAGAAAAAAUACAAGAUUUACAAGCUGCUUUUAGUAUUAUGGAUACGCAAUCGAAAGGUUUUGUAGGAGCUGAAGAUAUUAUUCAAGUAGCUGAAGCUGCAAAUAUGAUAUUAGCUGAAAAUGAAGCACAAUUAUUACUUGGUUCAGCUGAUGAAGAUCAUUCAGGUGGAAUUGAUAUGAGAGAAUUCAUAUCAAUUAUGACAACACCUAUUAAACCAGAAGAUUUAGAAGAUGAACUUCGUGCAACAUUUCGAGUUUUUGAUAAAGAUGGAAAAGGAACAAUUAAUGCUAAUGAGCUUAAACGAUUUGUUCGAUUAUGGGAUAGGGAAUUAACAGAAGAUGAAGCUGAUGAUAUGAUUGGUCAAGCUGAUCCACAUAGAACAGGUGUAAUUAAUUAUGAUGCUUUCGUACAAUUUCUUCUUCAUACAUAA